UGGAGUCUCACCGCGCCUGCCGCCUCCCCCUCCACGCAGCUCCGCUCUCUUCCUGGUCCAGGGGCCUUCCACGCCUUCCCUUCCCAUGGCGUCCAGGGAUCUCCGGCGCCUGCUCGACGGCGUCGCCCUCGUCGCGCGCGAGGCCACGCGGGGCACCUCCCCGCGCGACGUCCUCAGGUCCGCGCUCCUUGCCGCCACCGACCUCGCCGGCCUCACCAGAGGCACCCCGCGCCGCCCGCCGCCCCCUCCAGGCGCGGGGCCGCUGCCCGCCACCGAAUCCUCCCGCCCCUCCUCCGUCGUGUACUUCUCCCACGACGACGCCACGACAACGCCGCAAGAUCAUGCACUGGAGCGCCCCCCGCCCCCGCCCCCGCCCCUGCCCCUGCCGGCGCAAGAUGCCCCGCACCCCGCGCGGACGCAGGAGACCCUCGGAACUGGUACGACCGCCGCCGUCUCAGCUGAACCUGCUGCCGUCGCGGCGGACAGGCCCGAACCCGCGGCCCCUCCUUCUGAGCCCUCGCCUUUGCCCCAACAGGCGCCCCCUUUGCCCUCAGCGGCGCCUGGGGAGAAGAGGCGGCGGCUGCGGGAACGGAAGGUUCCAACCACGCCCUUCACUAGAGCACUCGGGUUUGCAGGACUGGGCGCCGGGCUAGCGUGGGGCACUCUUCAGGAGUCGGCACGCCGGGUCAUGUAUGGCACCCCGGUGGGCACAGAGGGCAAGCAGUCAGCGCUCUCCCCAUUCUUGUCUGAUCAGAAUGCCGAGCGUGUUGCACUUGCGCUCUGCAGGAUGCGGGGAGCAGCGCUCAAGGUGGGGCAGAUGCUGAGCAUCCAGGAUGAAUCCCUUGUACCUCCACCGGUGUUGGCAGCUCUUGAUAUUGUUCGUCAAGGUGCUGAUGUUAUGCCAAGGAAGCAGCUAAAUUCAGUCCUUGAUGCCGAGCUAGGUCCUGACUGGUCCUCCAAGUUGAGGAGUUUCGACUAUGAACCGCUAGCUGCAGCUAGCAUAGGGCAGGUCCAUCGAGCGGUUUUGAAGGAUGGAUCAGAUGUUGUCAUGAAAAUACAAUACCCUGGGGUUGCAGAUAGUAUAGAAAGUGAUAUUGAGAAUGUCAGGCUACUUCUAACUUACACAAAUCUCAUUCCUAAAGGUCUUUUUCUUGAUAGAGCUAUGAAGGUGGCAAAGCAGGAGCUGGCAAGGGAGUGUGAUUAUGUGCUAGAAGCAAGUAACCAGAAGCGUUACAAAGAAUUGUUAUGUGAUAGUGAUGGCUAUUAUGUCCCAAAGGUCAUUGAUCAAUUGUCUAGCAAAAAAGUGCUGACCUCAGAGUUUGUUCCAGGGGUUCCCAUCGAUAAGGUGGCUCAGUUAAGCCAGGAAACCCGCAAUUAUGUUGGUUGUAAACUGCUUGAGCUUACAAUAAAGGAGUUGUUUGUCUUCAGAUUCAUGCAGACUGAUCCAAACUGGAGUAAUUUCCUAUAUGAUGAUGCUACAAGGAAAUUCAAUCUGAUUGACUUUGGAGCAGCCCGUGAUUUUUCAAAACACUUUGUAGAUGAUUAUCUAAGAAUGGUAGUUGCCUGUGCAAAUAGAGAUCGGACUGGUGUCUUAGAGAUGUCCCGCAGACUCGGAUUCCUUACUGGCGAGGAACCAGAAGUCAUGCUGGAUGCUCAUGUCCAAGCAGCCUUCAUUGUUGGUGUGCCGUUCUCAAAGUCAGGCGGGCACGAUUUUCGAGCGAAUAAUAUCACACAUAGUGUUUCCAAUCUCGGGGCUACCAUGUUGAAACACAGGCUGACCCCUCCGCCGGAUGAGGUAUACAGCCUCCAUAGAAAGCUGUCAGGUGCAUUCCUUGCCUGCAUCAAGAUUGGGGCAGUUGUACCCUGCAGAGAGAUCCUGUUCCAAGUUUAUGAGCAAUACAAUUUCAGUGACCACCAUUCAGAUGUAGCAUCUAGUGCUGGAUAGUAGCGUCAAAGAAAUCUUUGUUUUUGAUGUCUUGUGUAACUGAAUAGUUCCUUGUCGGCUGCAGCUCAUUUUUCCAAGAGAGCUUGGCAGUCACCUCUCACUGGUAAUUGGGGUCAAAAGAAUGUAAAAGACCUUAUUAUGGGUUUGGAUAGUCAAUAGUGGUGGUAUUAUUUGCACAGUUUCUUAGUGGAGGAAUAAAGGCAUUGGAACAAAGUUUAUUUUUUUGUUGAGUA